ACGCAGUUUUCUCCGUCUCUUGUUCCAAUCCAAAGUCCAAACUCUUCUCAAGUACAGUUUGGUGAAUGGCAUCCUCGUUAUUUCCCGCCAACCCCAGUGGCAUUUUCCUCUCUCCAACUCCUUUCUCCUCGGUCUCAUCGACCAAACUUUUUAUAGUAACCUUUUAAAAACACAGAGUCAGAGACCCAAAAAAAUCACUAAAAAAAAAACACAGACAUACGCUCUCUCUCUCUCUCUCUCUCUCUCUCUCUCACACACACACACACAAAAACACAAACACUUUGUGUGCGUACGAAAAGAGAGAGUAAAAUGUUGAAGGUCUCGUGCAAUGUGUUGAGUGACCAAAGCCAAGCGAUAACCCAAUGUGGGUUUAUGGGCCGAGGGCCCAUUUUGACACGUGGGCACCGGAGAAAUGCCGUCGUUUUAGGCUCUGGUUCUGGUUCUUCGUACAAAGGUCCAAUUAUGGCUGUGGUGUCUGACCGGGUUAUCGGAUCCGGGUCAGGGUCAGGGUCGGGGACUCUGGCGGACCGUUUGAGACUUGGGAGCUUGACGGAGGAUGGAUUGUCGUAUAAGGAGAGAUUCAUAGUGAGAUGCUAUGAAGUUGGGAUUAACAAAACUGCCACUGUUGAAACCAUUGCUAAUCUCUUGCAGGAGGUUGGAUGCAAUCAUGCACAGAGUGUAGGAUUUUCAACAGAUGGCUUUGCAACCACCCCUACCAUGAGGAAACUGCAUCUCAUAUGGGUUACUGCUCGCAUGCACAUUGAAAUCUACAAAUACCCAGCUUGGAGUGAUGUGAUUGAAAUUGAAACUUGGUGCCAAGGGGAGGGAAGAAUUGGAACCAGACGAGAUUGGAUACUCAAGGACCAUGCUACUGGUCAAGUUAUUGGAAGAGCAACAAGCAAGUGGGUGAUGAUGAACGAAGACACCAGACGUCUUCAGAAAGUUAGCGAUGAUGUACGGGAUGAGUAUUUAGUUUAUUGUCCGCGAGAACCCAGAUUAGCAAUUCCUGAGGAGAACAGUAGUAGUUUGAGAAGAAUACCAAAACUGGAAGAUCCUGCUGAUCAUUCUAAGCUGGGACUUGUGCCCAGAAGAGCUGAUCUGGACAUGAACCAGCAUGUUAAUAAUGUCACCUACAUUGGAUGGGUUCUGGAGAGCUUGCCUCAAGAAAUCAUUGAUAGCCAUGAACUGCAAACUAUUACUUUAGAUUACAGACGGGAGUGCCAACAUGAUGACAUAGUUGAUUCACUAACCAGUGUGGAACCAGUAGAGGAUGCCGAAGCAAUUUCUAAGAUUCAAGGAACUAAUGGGUCUAUAGCUGCAGCAGAAAACAAUGAAGAUUUACGUCAGUUUCUACAUUUACUGAGAGUGUCAGGUGAUGGGCUUGAAAUAAAUCGAGGACGCACUGAGUGGAGAAAGAAACAUGCAAGAUGAUACAUAGUUAGUUGACUUUACUUUUCUAUUGCUUUCAAUGGUUCGUAUUCAAUCUUUCUUCUCGUGUAUUUUUUACUUUUCAGCUCAAUGGAUUUUGCUCCAAAAUUGUCUUUGGAGGGAGUCAGUUUCUUAUGCAUCCAUUGCACACAACAGAUGUCUCACAGUAAACCGGGAGGGGAAAUGCGGAAAAUUGUGGAUCUCAUCUGUUGUCAGACAUCAGUUGCCUGCAAUGGAUGCACUAGAGACUAACUCCGUUGGAUCAUGCAUGCAGAUUGCUUUGAGAGACUCCACGAGCCAUUUGAUGUAUUUUAUUUCUAGUUUUUCUUUGAUAUUUAUAAGCUCAAUGUUCCAUGUAUUGUGUUGAUAUUUAAUAAUCUUGGCAGGGAUAUGCCUCCAUUCCAUCCCUGCCCACCAGGCCAUUGCGAAUA